GGUAGCUAAUGCUAACGGCUAACGCAACGUUACUGUUUGAUAUGGGUUACAAUGAUGAAAUAACGUAUCGGUCCGUGUGGACUUUGCAAUGGGACGUGACGGGAGGUUCUUCUCUGAGUUGGUAACGUUGAGUCAACAGUUCCCAACGUUUUUUAACGUUAACGCCGCUUUAAGCCGUUAAGUGAGUGACGGCUCACAGACGGCAGGUAGCCUCACGUGACUCGCAACAGGCGGAAGUAACGUCAUUGUUGGAUACCAGUUAAAAGGCCCCUCUAAGAGUCAAGUUCAGAACCCGCGAUGACACUCUGCUAAGUAUCUGAUUGCGACAACACGAACCUGACAUUCCUGUUUCCUCACAGGAGCAGCCAUUAAACACAGAGGACCGUCUGAGGCGCUAAAUUCACCCUCGAUGAAUCACAUCAAGUCGUUUGUUUAGAGUGUAAACAGCACAGGGUGUUUGUUUGUUUGUUUGUUAAGGAUCCCCAUUAGUCUACGCCGUAGUGGAGACUUUUCUUCCUGGGGUCCAGUUCCAUUAUAUUGGAGGCAGACAUCUCUACGGCUGAUAACCCCAAUACUACACAACCUGCACCGGAACCAUCUAGAUUCAUAACUUACAGGUGAGCCAAGAUGGGCGCUUUGUCUAGCGUUUUUAAGGGCCUGUUUGGCAAGAAGGAAAUGAGGAUCCUGAUGGUCGGACUGGAUGCUGCUGGAAAGACCACCAUCCUGUACAAGCUCAAACUGGGAGAAAUUGUUACCACGAUCCCGACCAUCGGUUUCAACGUGGAGACGGUCACAUACAAGAACAUCAGCUUUACGGUGUGGGAUGUCGGAGGUCAGGACAAGAUCAGGCCCCUCUGGAGGCAUUACUUUCAAAACACAGAAGGCAUUAUCUUUGUGGUGGACAGCAACGACCGGGAGCGAGUCGGAGAGGCCAAAGAGGAGCUCAUGCGAAUGCUGGCCGAGGACGAGCUGAAUCAGGCUGCGCUGCUCGUGUUGGCCAACAAACAGGACCUGCCCAACGCCAUGGAUGCAGCCGAGGUCACAGACCAGCUGGGCCUACAAACCCUGCGCAACAGAGACUGGUACAUCCAGGCCACGUGCGCCACUGGAGGGAACGGUCUGUACGAGGGCCUCGACUGGCUCUCCUCCAAGCUCAAAAAAGGAAAAUGAUGUUCCCUGCCACCUGUGUGCAGUGUGACGGCAGACUGUACCCCCCACCCCCCCCCCCCUCCACGGGUCUCAUUCUCUCCUUUGCUCUCUUUCCUCUGAAGCCUCGGACCUUUUGGCCGGUGCUCCCCAGCAUCUGUGUUCUGUGGGCGAGUGAUUUUUUUGUUGUUUUGGAGCAGCCGUGUUGUUCUCACCUCGUGCGCUUUACUCCUCCGAUGUCUCCACAAAGUCUCCACAAAGGAACGUCCUGUGUAGUUCAGUUUGUACAUCUGCAGGUGACCGAUCGGUUCACAUUCUCUAAAAUGAGGCUUUUUGGAACAUUAAAGUUUGGACACUUGCAGUGCACACUUGCUACUUUAUACUUUUAUACCUUUCCCCAUUAAUUCAAUCAUGUCUGCAGCUUUUUACUUAAGUUCAAGUUCUGCCUCUUCUAUAACCUGAUACUUCUACUCCAGGUUAGGCGGCAGAAGGCUAGUGUAUGUUUACAUGAAGGGAGGUGUGCCGGCUCUAGUGUUUUCUAAAAGACGCGCUGGUUGUUCCCCACGUUGUGGUGAGCGUUCUGUAUGAAUCAGCACUAUAAAUGCUUCAAUGUGUUUCCUCCGCCAGAGUUAUUUAUAGUAUGUGUGUGUGUGUGUGUGUGUGUGUCCCCAUGCCUGUUUGCACAACCAUGUCAACUUGCACAACACAACACGAACAAGGGCAGAUGUCGUCUAUCUGCCUUUGUUCCAAUGUGAACCUUUGGGAAGUUUAAUGUCUUUUCAUUAGAAUAUGGAAUAAUUCAUUAAUGUGAGAAAGAAAUGCCUCACAGAUAAUCCGUUCAAAUUCUUCUACACUUCGCCAAAGUAAAAAAAAAAAAAAAAACGUGGCAGUGAAUUUGGGGGUCAAUGGAUUUUGAAUUGAGGUACUUGGCCUCGGUGCGGAUUUACCGUGGCGCCGAUUAUUAUAACUGCAGAGUGGAAUAUCAAAUAUUUGUAAUAUUUUAAACUGUAUAACAUUUUAAGUUGUGGGUGUGGUUUUAAUGAGAAUGUUUUCAAAUGUCUUAUUUGUUUUUUAUCAAAGAUGUAAUGGAUGUCCUUUUCUCGGUGAAACUGAUGAAACGUCAGAAAAGAUCAAACCCACAUCCGACCUCAUCGGUCCGUGUGAGGCUGGCUCAGAAAUAGUGCUCCCAAGCUUUAGUUCUGAUUUACUUGCAAUUGAUUAAUAAAUCAAUAAAUCCACAAUUACGUUGCCAUCAUUCAUUAGAUUG